AUAACAAAACGAUAACAAGGAUAAGAUAUGGAGGCUGAAACUAGUAGUUCUGGACAUCGACGACAGAAACGUCCACGGCAGAGGAGAUCGUCGGAGGUGAUCAGUUAUGAGAACAGCGUUGCAAAUCUGUCAAAGGAAGGUAAAGAGACGUUGAUGAUUGUGAGUCGCAGAAGGCAACUGAAUAAAAUCCCCAAUACGUCUUGUACUGUGUUUGAUAAUACAUGUCCUCGUUACAACUGGCUUCGUUCUGGUUGGAUCGCUGAGGAGCGUCUUAAGCCUCAUGACCGACUUUACCGGUAUUUUUACGAUCCUUUAGGGCAAAUGUAUGGUACUCGGGGAGAAGUGGAUCAAAUCUAUGCAGAUAUUGAAAAAUCGCGCGCAAUAGUCGUUUUCAACAAGUAAUCUAUUUUGUAUACCUAAGUUGUUGUGAAUUGAUGAAUUUAUGGCCAUAUUAUGCAAACGGCCAAAAUUUUCAAAUCCAAAUUAUUUAGAUAAAACAAAUUAUGUAUUUUCUUUUUUUAUGAAAAUCAAUCGAGGAUUUCAUU